AUGAGCCACGCUGCGGGGGUUCGAGUACGUCGUGGGAGGAACCGAGUCUUCGUGCGCCAGGAAGAUGACAAGAGGUUGAAGGCACGCCCUAGGCUCAGAACGGGCCAAUAUAACCGCAGUUCCCACGGACAUUAUGCAACUUGUAAUGUUGAAGCUGGGUCCUUCCUCAAGUUGGGUGAAAGGCGACGUGCAAGACAUCUCCGCAGUGUGGGCAAGCUUGUGCAAGCGACAUUAACGGAACGUCGCCUCGCCGGACGACCAUUCUUCUUUCGCGAUCAGCCGACGUCUGCGGAGAUGUUGAAACGUGACUCGGUUGAAGCUUAUGCAAGUAUGCAGCACUUUUUACUCCAGCCAAGGGACAUCUCCUUUGAAGGACUUCUUGUCGGAGCUGCUGGUGACUUCAACCUUUCAGCGCUGGCUGGCGGUGCCGCUGGUUGA